CGCAUGCGCGCUCGAACAGGGCAGGCACGCAGAUCAGGUAGUGACACUGCUGCUUUGACUGCUGUACGAGACUUGUGUCUGCACUUCAGAAACGAAAAGGAGAAGAGAAAAGAAGAGAGAGCGGCGAGGAGAAGUGUCGAUUAAAAGGAGCAUCCCUUCCCAUUUACCUGACCAUGCACCGAGGAGUCUAAUGGCCUCCAGGUCAAGGCUGUCCAAGUGAAAAGGGAAUCUUGGAACAGAAGAGAGGUGUGGCAGGGAGAGAGAGGAGUUUUACAAAAUGAACAUGGCCUCGGCCAAAGAGGACACCGUGAGUGAACGACCGGCGCACAUGACACAAGAGGAUUGUCAGUGGGGCGCACCAGAGGUUUUAUGUGACAAAGAGGAGGACUGUGAAGGCAGCACGUCUGAUUCUGAAGAAGAGUCGGAGGAUGAAAUCAUUCAAGUUACAGUGGAGGAUUCCGAAGACUUCUCGGUUAAUCUUGAACUGCGAAAGCACGAAACGGGGAAGACUUUCAGGCAAGACGUUUGUGAAGAGUCUCACUUCAUUUUACAGCCCUGGUUCACUAAUUUGGGACCACCGGCCACCCAGCAGAAUUCUGUGGAACUGAAAUCGGAGUUAUCGGAGUCCGAAGAAAACAUAGGCGAAGGAGACAGAAGAGAGGCGGCGGAGCAACUAUCACCUACGAGUGUCAGAAUGAAUUCGGAGGAGGAUGGCAGCUCUUCUCCAUCUUCAUUUACGCAGGCCUCUCUUCAGCGCAGACUGCAACACAAAUCGGACACGAAGCAGAUGAAGACAGCAGCAGUGGAAUCGGAGGAUUUGCCAGCAGACUCUUUCCUCUUUAGCUGCCCUCCUGAUGUCAAACUAAAAUCCCUCAAAAGUCAGAGGCAAAUAUCUAAACUCCUCAGUUUUCAGACUGCAGAGAAACCUCCUUGUUGUUUAGAAUGUGGCAAACAGUUCUCUCAAAAAUGCCAUCUUCAGAGCCACAGAAGAAUCCACACUGGAGAGAAACCUUAUUGCUGUUCCGAAUGUGACAAACGAUUUUCUAACAGUAGCACUCUUCGACAGCACACUCGAAUUCAUACGGGAGAGAAGCCAUUUGGUUGUCCUGAAUGUGGUAAACAAUUUUCACGUAUAGGCUCUCUUCAAAGGCAUUCAAAAAUCCACACUGGAGAGAAACCUUACUCUUGCCCAGAAUGUGACAAACGAUUCUUGCGUGUAAGCCAUCUUCAGAGGCACACAAAAACCCACACUGGAGAGAAACCUUAUUGCUGCUCUGAAUGUGGGAUACGAUUCUCUGAGAGCAGUACUCUUCGACAGCACACACGAAUUCAUACCGGAGAGAAGCCUUAUAGCUGUUCUGAAUGUGGGAAGCGAUUCUCUGCAAGCAGCACUCUCCGACAGCAUAGACGAAUUCAUACUGGAGAAAAACCUUAUUGUUGUUCUGUAUGUGGCAAACGGUUCCUCGAAAAUGGCAGUCUUCAAAGGCACAUAAUAAUUCACACUGGAGAGAAACCCCAUAGCUGUCCUGAAUGUGGUAAACGAUUCUCACAAAUAAGCCAUCUUCAGAGCCAUAAAAGAAUUCACACUGGUGAGAAACCAUAUAUCUGUUCUGAAUGUGGCAAACAGUUCUCAGACAGUAGCACUCUUCGAAAGCACACUCAACUUCAUACUGGAGAGAAGCCAUAUCGCUGUCCAGAAUGUGGUAAACAAUUCUCACAAGCAAGCAAUCUUCACAUCCACACGAGAUUCCACACUGGAGAGAAACCCCAUUGCUGUCCAGAAUGUGGCAAGCGAUUCACAUUGCUAAGACAUCUUCAGAGGCACACAAUAAUCCACACUGGAGAGAAACCAUAUUGCUGUCCUCAGUGUGGGAAACGGUUCUCUGAUAGCAGUGGUCUUCGACAGCACACACAAAUUCAUACUGGAGAGAAGCCUUAUUGCUGUACUGAAUGUGGCAAACGAUUCUCACAACUAAGUAAUCUUCAACGGCACGUACGUGUUCAUAGUGGAGAGAAGCCAUACAGCUGUGCCGAAUGUGGUAAAAGAUUUUCUCUUAACAGCACUCUUCAAAAUCAUACAAAAAUUCACACAGGAGAAAAACCUUACUGCUGUUCUGAAUGUGGUAAAGCUUUCUCAUUUUUAGGUAAUUUUCACGAGCACUUAAGAAUUCACAGUGGAGAGAAGACUUAUUGUUGUAGUGAAUGUGGCAAACAAUUCAUACAAGCAAGCAGCCUAAGGAGACACAUCAGAAUUCACACAGGAGAGAAACCUCAUUGCUGUUCUGAAUGUGGCAAACGAUUCUCAUGUAUAAAUGAUCUCCGGACGCACACAAGAAUCCACACUGGAGAAAAACCAUACAGUUGUUCUGAAUGUGGCAAACAAUUUGUUAGUAGUAGCCAUCUUCAGAGGCACAUACGAAUCCACACUGGAGAAAAGCCAUAUUGCUGUUCUGAAUGUGGCAAAAGAUUCUCACAAAUAAGUACUUUUCAGAUCCACACAAGAAUUCAUAUUGGACAAAAAACCUAUAGCUGUUCAGAAUGUGGCAAACAGUUCUCUGACAUUAGCUAUCUUCAGAGGCACACACGAAUUCAUACUGCAGAGAAACCAUAUAGCUGUUCUGAAUGUGGCAAACAAUUCUCGCAAAAAAGUACUUUUCAGAUCCACUCAAGAAUCCACACUGGAGAAAAACCAUAUAGCUGUUCAGUAUGUGGAAAGAAAUUCUCUAACAGUAGCUGUCUUCAGAGGCACAUGCGAAUUCAUACUGGAGAGAAACCAUACUGCUGUUCUGAAUGUGGCAAGCGAUUCUCACAAAUAAGUACUUUUCAGAUUCACACAAGAAUCCACACAGGAGAAAAGCCAUAUAGUUGUUCAGAAUGUGGCAAACUAUUCUCUAACCGCAGCAAUCUUCGGCAGCAUGCACGAAUUCACACUGGAGAAAAGUAACAUUGCUAUUCUGAAUGUGGCAAAUGAUUCACUUAUGGUAGUGCUCUUCCGAGCCACACACGGUUUCAAAACAUUGGGAACAAUGAAAGUUGUGUGGAGAGCAUCAGCAGUGAACCUAAAACACUAAAAGAAAACAGUACAUAGAGGAUGCCAUGAAUUAAGAGUGAGGUUCAUAAUUGUCAUUACAGAUAGCAAAACACCCAGAAGUAGACGUAUUACCCCCGAGAGAAAAAACAUAUCGCUGUUCAAAAUGUGGCAAAUUACUCUGUGGGCCUAGCUGUCUUUGACAGCAUGCAUAAAUUCAAACAGGAGUGAAGCUAUAUUGUUGUUUUGAAUGUUGUAAACUAUUCUCUAACUAUGGCUCUUUUCAUCAGUUAACAUGAGUUCAUACUGAUCAGAAGUACAUUGUUCUUCUGAAUGUGGUAAAUGAUUUUCACAAAGAAGCAGUCUUCAAUGCAACACUUAAAUUUACACUGGAGAGAAAAGAAUCAGAGCUGAGCUAGUUCUUAAAAAUUGACAGCUAAAACCAUGCUGUGGUUAGCAGUGGGGUACUCCACUCAGUGGGCUUAAAAACUGAGACUUAGCCUAAUAGGUCUUGUUGGAAUAUGUCUUAUAUUCCGAGCAAAGCUCAAAUGAUUUCACAAAUGCAAAGAGUUUCUCUUUAAGUCAAGAUGGGUUUAAGCGAUCCACAUUUAUGCAUACACUCGUGAAAUUGAAGCUGCCCUGACAAGCGAUCCUCGAGAACAUGUGUGAGGACUCAAAAAGCACAGAGGAGAGUGUGAGAUUGAGGAUCGGUGACUUUAAGGACGAAGCUGAUGGAAUCCAUAGUGUGUUACUGGACAGCUUGGAAAAGCAUAGAAUUGUAUUUAUUGAACUUAAAAUAGAAGAACAUGUCAGAGUGAGACAGUGGUGGUUGUUUCAGCAGUUGGACAAGACGUAACACUCAGUCUACUGUGUAAAUAAAUACACAAAAUGGAAAUAAGAGCAAGAGAGUCUGCCUGGCAAUCUGUAGCAGACCAAUUCCUGAACACAUCACUGAUCUGACUAUCUGCACCGUGUGAGUAAAUGUUAUUUAAAAAAAAACGAAAAAAAAAUCUUUGGAUUGGAAAUUUGAUUCUAAUAUGUAAAAAAUAUACUUCAAACGAUUAAAACAAGUAAGCAUUUAGCAGCAAGUGAAAACUAUAUAAAAGAACAUCCUUCAGAAUUCCUAGAAUAUACAGUACAUUUAUAUGAAGGCAGUCAAAAAGGAAACUGCAGCUUCUGCCAGAGGCCCGGUGCCCCACUGUCACUCCUGCUGAUUAAUUAGCACUCAUCAGAAUGGCUGAUUGCACAACAUGACGAACCACACACAUCAUCGUCAUUUAACAGGGCUGACCUGUACUCUGAUGCUAUGAACGAAUCGUGUUUUACACAGUCAGCCUGCCACACUUGAGUGUGUUCUGUUGUGAUGGUGACAUUUGGGAAGCCUAAAUAAUGCUAUUAAUUGUCACUCAUUGGAACGUUGGAGAAAUAUGUUUUGUAUAAAAUGAGUAAUUCAAUA